CGCCCCACCCCCGGCUCCGCCUCCACCCCCCGCCCCGCCUCCGGCCGCAGCCCCUUCCUCCCGCAGCUGGUGCUGUGGGGCCGCGGAGCAGCGCGUCGCCGUCUCUAUGGCCGGGGAUCCAAGCGCAAAGAAAACGGACCUCAGAGAACCAGAACUAGUCCUGCUGUCGGAGCAGGGUGACCCCAUCAGUGACCUACAACCCCCUUAUGACCCCACAACUCCUUUCCACCAUGGAGUUUGUAUUUGAUGCAGAAAAGCAGUGUGUGAUCCAUCCCUCCCUCUGACCUCUGACCUGGGAUUCCAUGGCCACACAACCCUGUGAUUCCAUGUCCCCUCGAUUCCAGGACCCUCCCUGGCCCCAUGACCCCUGACCUUCCAAGUGACCUCCCUGGACCUUGACCCCUGUGACUAUUCUUGCCAUCAUACCCUGUGACUGUGGCCCUGGCUCCCCUUGGGGAUCUUACUGGUCUGGGCCUCCCCAGAAAAAUGUGGGGAAGGCUCUGGCCCCUCUUCCUGAGCUUCCUCACAGCAUCUGCAGUCCCUGGACCCUCACUGCGGAGACCAUCCAGAGAACUAGAUGCCAUCCCACGGAUGACCAUCCCCUAUGAAGAGCUCUCCAGGACCCGGCACUUCAAGGGCCGAGCCCAGAACUACUCAACGCUGCUGCUGGAGGAGUCUUCAGCAAGACUGCUGGUUGGAGCCCGAGGUGCCCUCUUCUCUCUCAAUGCCCGUGACAUAGGAGAUGGGGCUCACAAAGAGAUCCACUGGGAGGCCUCCCCAGAGAUGCAAAGCAAAUGCCAUCAAAAAGGGAAAAACAACCAGCCCUCCCCCACCUCCCCCCCCCAGACGGAGUGCUUCAACCAUGUGCGAUUCCUUCAGCGACUCAAUGCCACCCACUUCUAUGCAUGCGGGACUCAUGCCUUCCAGCCUCUCUGUGCAGCCAUUGAUGCUGAGGCCUUCACCUUGCCAACAAGCUUUGAGGAGGGGAAGGAGAAGUGUCCUUAUGACCCAGCCCGUGGCUUCACAGGCCUCAUCAUCGAUGGAGGCCUCUACACAGCCACACGGUAUGAAUUCCGGAGCAUCCCUGACAUCCGCCGAAGCCGCCACCCGCACUCCUUGAGGACUGAGGAGGCUCCGAUGCACUGGCUCAAUGAUGCUGAGUUUGUGUUCUCCGUCCUGGUACGGGAGAGCGAGGCCAGUACAGUGGGCGAUGACGACAAGGUUUACUACUUCUUCACGGAGCGGGCCACUGACGAGGGCCCCAGCAGCUUCACUCAGAGCCGCAACAGCCACCGUGUGGCCCGCGUGGCCCGGGUGUGCAAGGGAGACCUAGGAGGAAAGAAGAUCUUGCAGAAGAAGUGGACCUCCUUCUUAAAGGCGCGUCUAGUCUGCCACAUUCCACAGUAUGAGAUGCUACGUGGUGUCUGCAGCCUGGAUACGGACACCUCAGCACGCACACACUUCUAUGCGGCCUUCACGCUGACCACACAGUGGAAGACCCUAGAGGCCUCAGCCAUCUGCCGCUAUGACCUGGCCGAGGUGCAGGCUGUCUUCGCAGGUCCCUACAUGGAAUACCAGGACGGUGCCCGGCGCUGGGGCCGCUAUGAGGGCGGGGUGCCGGAGCCCCGGCCCGGCUCAUGCAUCACAGAUUCAUUGCGCACUCGCGGCUACAACUCGUCCCAGGAUUUGCCAUCCCUCGUCUUGGACUUCGUGAAAUUGCACCCACUGAUGGCUCGGCCCGUGGUGCCCACACGAGGACGGCCCCUGCUGCUCAAGCGCAGUGUGCGCUAUACACACCUCACAGGGACUCCUGUCACCACGCCUGCCGGACCCACCUAUGACCUGCUCUUUCUGGGCACAGCUGAUGGCUGGAUCCACAAGGCCGUGGUGCUGGGUUCUGGGAUGCACAUUAUCGAAGAGACACAAGUGUUCAAGGAGCCCCAGUCUGUGGAAAAUCUGGUCAUCUCUCCAAUGCAGCACAGCCUUUACGUGGGGGCCCCUAGUGGUGUCAUCCAGCUACCACUGUCGAGCUGCUCCCGCUACCGCUCCUGCUAUGACUGCAUCCUGGCCCGGGACCCCUACUGUGGCUGGGACCCCAGCACCCAUGCCUGCAUCAUAACCAACAGGUCCCAGGGUAGCAGGACAGCACUGAUACAGGACAUAGAGAGAGGAAACCGAGGCUGUGAAGGCAACAAGGACACAGGGCCACCACCACCACUGAGAACCCGCUCUGUCCUCCGAGGUGACGAUGUUCUCCUGCCCUGUGACCAGCCAUCCAACCUGGCCCGGGCCUUGUGGCUGCUCAAUGGGAGCAUGGGCCUGAAUGACGGACAGCAUGGCUACCGCGUGGGCGUGGAUGGGCUGCUGGUGACAAACAUACAGCCUGAGCACAGUGGCAACUAUGGCUGCUAUGCUGAGGAGAAUGGCCUCCGCACCCUGCUGGCCUCCUACAGCCUCACAGUCCGGCCAGCCACUCCUGCCCCAGCUCCACAAGCCCCUGCCAUGCCCGGGGCACAGCUGGCACCUGACGUGAGGCUACUGUAUGUGCUAGCCAUCGCUGCGCUUGGCGGCCUCUGCCUCAUCCUGGCUUCCUCCCUCCUCUAUGUGGCCUGUCUUCAGGGAGGCAGACGAGGGCGUCGAAGGAAAUACUCUCUGGGUCGGGCUGGCCGGGCAGGGGGCUCUGCUGUGCAGCUGCAGACAGUUUCAGGCCAAUGUCCUGGAGAGGAAGACGAGGGUGACGAUGGGGAGGGGGCUGGGGGCCUGGAAGGUGGCUGCCUCCAGAUCAUCCCUGGGGAGGGAGCCCCAGCCCCACCGCCUCCACCGCCCCCACCGCCACCGGCCGAGCUGACCAACGGGCUGGUGGCACUACCCAGCCGGCUGCGCAGGAUGAACGGCAACAGCUACGUGCUCCUGAGGCAGAGCAACAACGGAGUGCCAGCAGGGCCCUGCUCGUUUGCUGAGGAGCUCAGCCGCAUCCUGGAGAAGAGGAAACACACACAGCUUGUAGAGCACCUGGACGAGAGCUCUGUCUGAGCCCAGCCUCCUAGGACAAAUGCUCUUCCAAGCCAGCCUGUCUGCCCCAGGCUGGGCUGCUGCUUCCCCAACACAGCCACUCUACCUUCACCUCCCUCCCCCCAACUCCAGGCCCUUCUCCCAACUUUGUGAUGUCCCUGUAGGGCUGGCAGAGUCAGGCCCAGCCAAAGUCCCCUCCUCAGUCUCCACAGACCCAUCUGUGAGCAGCCCAGGCCCACCGGUGCUCCUCAGAGGUGGGUACUCCCCCCAGGACGUGGAAUUCUGUAGACCCAGCCCCAGUUCCUAUUCCCUUACCCCAAGCACUUGGGAGGAGAGGAUGCCAUCUUCCUGCCCCAUUUGUCUGUUCAAAUCCUUCCUCUUUCUCCCAGGCAGGGCUCUGCAGGUCCAGAUGACCUCAAGGUCACCACCCUCUGCGUGGCCCUAUGUGCUGGAUGGUCCCGAAACCAGACAAGACCUCUGCCAGCCACCAGAGCCACCUGAGCCCUGCAUGCAUUCACGUGUGCACACGGAUGAAUGUCUAUCAGCUGGGCUGCAGGGCCCCCACCCCCAUCUCCUGGAACAUUGUGUUUCAUCUCUCCUGGACUUUGGGUACCCUUCCAACGGCCAUAUCCCAUCCUAUCUAGGUUUCUCCCCUAGUCCCAGCCCCAUGUGGUGACCUCUUUGGCAAAAGCUUGGGAACAGGCCAGUCUGGGGAGGUAAGACUGUGUCAUUCCCCUCUUCUUCCUUAACGUGCAGCCCUCUUUGGUCAACCUCCUCACCCCCUUGGUCACUCUCAAGAGUGACAGACAGAGCCCCAGGCAUGUCCCUUCACACACACGUGCUUACAUUUCCACUUGCAUUUCUGAGCCUCCCUUUGCUGCCUCGGACCUGUAUCUGUUGGGUUUGGUCCAUGGACAUUUCAGAGGGAGAGCCCUCUCCCAUUCAGCUGUCCUCUCAGACAUUUCCCUAGGACGGGUGACCAACACUGCAAUGAGCCAGCCUCCCUUUUGGGGACCAAGCAUUUGCUACCCCCAGACCAGAGCAGGGGGAGGAGAUCUGAUGUCUCACCUGGCACAUGAAGCCCGUUCUUGGAACUAUGCAAAGGGCAGAGGCUGGGAGUUUGGAUGCUUGGCUCCCAUCCCUGUCCUACCUCACCGGGGCACUUUCAGGGUCCAGGGGCCUCUGAAGUCUCCAGGCCCAUAUGGGACAAUCAAAUCCUGACUGAGCUCCCCCAUUCCCCUUGGGUGAGGAUGACUGUUAUUUUUGUAGCUGAGAACGUGGAAUCCCACGGGUUUUUACUGCCCUUCACCCAACUUCUCCCACCUCCACCCCACAAUGAAUGUAUUUAUUGUGAGAACGGCUACACUUCUUUAGGAAUGCCCCCACUCACCACCAAGGUGGGCAGAACAGGCAUGUGACAGAGUGGGGAGCCUGGGCUCAGCUCCUCCCCCUCCUGUUGGUUAAUAAAUACCCUCUUUCCCCACA